AGCUUCGGAAAUAAGCUAGCCAAAUAUGGUAGCUAUUUUGACACCACUGUAAGUUUACCAAUAUCUGAUUAAUGGUUUUUUUGCUGAUCUUUUUUAACGGACCCUUUAGUAAUAAAAUCCACUUUAGUUUAUUAUAUUGAAAUAAAAUAAUAACCGCAAAUAAAUAAAACGUUCUGUAUUCUUUUUAAGAAUAAAUUACUUAAAAGUAUAUAAAAAUGGCAGACUUUAUCGACUCCGAAGCUGAAGAAAGCAGCGAGGAGGAAGAAUUAGAUUCUAGGGACCGUAAAAAAGCACAGAAAGCUAAAGUGGUGGAUAGUUCUGAUGAGGAUGAGGAAGACGACGACGAGAGAUUGAGAGAGGAAUUGAAAGACUUGAUUGAUGAUAAUCCAAUUGAAGAAAGCGACGCUGAAUCGGAAGCUUCGGGGGGAGAAAAAAGGAAAAAAUCAGAUGAUGAAGAUCUAGAUGACCGGUUAGAAGAUGAAGAUUAUGAUUUACUGGAAGAAAAUUUGGGUGUUAAAGUUGAAAGAAGGAAAUUCAAACGUUUGCGUCGUUUUGAAGAUGAAGAAAGUGAAGGGGAGGAUGAACACGAUCCUGAACAAGACAGAGAACAAAUUGCUAUGGAUAUCUUCUCUGAUGAUGAUGAUGAAAGGCGCUCAGAACGUAGUCAUAGACCUGCAGUAGAACAAGACUCUUAUGGUGUUGGUGAUGAGGAAGAAGAUGGAGAGUACUCUGAUGCAGACGAUUUCAUUGUUGAUGAUGAUGGUAGACCUAUAGCAGAAAAGAAGAAAAGAAAGAAACCCAUAUUCACAGAUGCUGCUCUUCAAGAGGCACAAGAAACUUUCGGUGUAGAUUUUGAUUAUGAUGAGUUCUCUAAAUAUGAUCAAGAUGAUUAUGAAGAUGAAGAAGAUGACGAAGAAGAUGAAUAUGAGGAAGAUGAUGAUGGUGAAAAAAGGAAGAGGCCUAAGAAAGAUGCGAGGAAGAAACCAACAAAGAAAUCCAUUUUUGAAGUAUAUGAACCGAGUGAACUUAAGAGAGGGUUUUUCACAGAUCUAGAUAAUGAGAUUAGAAAUACGGAUAUUCCUGAAAGGAUGCAAAUUAGGGAUGUACCAGUUACUGCUGUUCCUGAUGAUUCCACUGAAUUGGAUGAUGAAGCAGAGUGGAUUUAUAGACAAGCCUUCUGCAACAAAUCCGUUUCUAAUGUAGAUGCUCAUCUUUCGGCGGAAGCUAGAGAUAAAUUAAAGAAGGGUCCGCAAACUGUGGGAAAAAUUAGAAAAGCCUUAGAUUUUAUGAGAAACCAACAAUUAGAAGUACCGUUUAUAGCAUUUUAUAGGAAAGAAUAUGUUCAGCCUGAGUUGAAUAUUAACGAUUUAUGGAAAGUUUAUAAAUUUGACGCAAAGUGGUGCCAAUUAAAGUCGCGUAAAGAAAACCUUCUAAAAUUAUUUGAAAAGAUGAGAUCUUACCAAAUGGAUCAUGUAUUUAAAGAUCCUGAUGCUCCUAUUCCUGAGAAUAUACGCAUAUUAUGUGACAGCGAUAUCGAAAGGUUAAAAAAUGUUCAAACAGCUGAAGAAUUGAAUGAUGUCCACAACCAUUUCAUUUUAUACUAUGCUGGUGAUUUACCUGCAAUGCACACUGCAUGGAGGAUCAGAGAGAAGGAGAAAAAACGGCAGGAGCGGAAGGAAGCCAGACUUAAACUAAUCGCCGAAAAUGAAGAUGGUGCUGAUAUUCCUGAAGAAGUUGAGGAAAUCGAAGAUGAUGAACCCGAAGGGGAGACAUUGAAAUAUGCAAAUAGAUCUGGCAGUUAUGCUUUGUGCACUAGAGCAGGUUUAGAUCCACUAGCUAAGAAAUUCGGUUUAACUCCUGAACAGUUUGGUGAAAAUUUAAGAGAUAAUUAUCAAAGGCAUGAGGUAGAUCAAGAUCCUACGGAACCAGCUGAUGUUGCAAAAGAAUAUCUUUCACCUAAAUUUGGAACCGUAGAGGAAGUUUUACAAGCUGCAAAAUACAUGGUUGCUUUACAAAUAGCUAGAGAACCUUUAGUUAGAAAAUGUGUAAGAGAAGUGUUCUUUGAAAGGGCAAAAUUAUGUGUAUAUCCCACUAAAAAAGGACAAAAAGUCAUCGACGAAGCACAUAAUUGUUAUAGUAUGAAAUAUUUAAAAAACAAACCAGUGAGAGAUCUAGCCGGUGAUCAGUUUUUAAAAUUAUGCUUAGCCGAGGAAGAAAACCUUCUCACUAUCAAAAUUAAUGACAAUAUCGAAGGCAACACUACAAAUUCGUAUAUCGACGAAGUUAAACAGUUGUAUAUAAAAGAUGAAUUUAGCAAACAUGUCCAAGAUUGGAACGACUUAAGGAUGGAAUGUGUGGAAAGAGCAUUAACGAAAAGUGUUUUACCAGAUUUGAGAACUGAAUUGAGAAGGACUCUUUUAACAGAAGCUAAAGAAUUUGUUCUUAAGGCAUGUUGCAGAAAACUUUACAAUUGGAUAAAGAUUGCUCCGUAUGCUGUUACAUUUCCUGAAGAAGAUGAAGACGAUUGGGAUACAUCUAAAGGUGUUAGAGUGAUGGGUGUGGCAUAUGUACCCGAAUAUAGUGUAUCAGCUUUUGCUUGCAUUUCGGCACCGGAUGGUGAUAUAACAGAUUACCUCAGAUUACCACACCUACUAAAAAGGAAGAAUAGUUUCAGAAUUGAAGAGAAAUCAAUGAAGGAAGCUGAUCUCCAAGCAAUUAAAAAUUUCAUAUAUCUGAAAAAACCCCACGUGGUUACCAUCGGUGGUGAAUCUAGAGAAGCCCUGAUGAUAGCUGAUGAUAUACGAGGAGUGAUUAAAGAAUUAAUGGAAUCAGAUCAAUUUCCACAAAUUAAUGUAGAAAUUAUAGAUAAUGAGUUAGCAAAAGUAUAUGCCAAUUCAAAUAAAGGGCAAGCCGAUUUCAGGGAUUACCCGGAGUUAUUAAGACAGGCUAUUUCAUUGGCUAGAAGAAUGCAAGAUCCCUUAAUAGAAUAUUCACAAUUAUGUAAUAGCGAUGAGGAAAUUUUGAGUUUGCGAUUUCAUCCUUUACAAGAGCAAAUUCAAAAAGAUGAACUAUUAGAAGCCCUUUGUUUGGAAUUUGUGAAUAGAACUAAUGAAGUCGGUGUUGAUAUAAACCUAGCUGUUCAACAAGCCCACAAAAGUAGUCUCGUCCAAUUUAUAUGUGGUUUAGGACCCCGUAAAGGACAAGCUUUGCUUAAAGUACUUAAACAGACCAACCAAAGGUUGGAAAAUAGGACCCAAUUAGUUACAUCCUGUCACAUGGGUCCUAAAGUAUUCAUCAAUUGUUCCGGUUUCAUAAAAAUAGAUACUAACAGCUUAGGAGACAGUACUGAAGCUUAUGUAGAAAUUUUGGACGGGUCUCGUGUGCAUCCGGAAACUUACGAAUGGGCUAGAAAAAUGGCAGUUGAUGCUUUGGAAUACGACGACGAUGAAGGUGCUAACCCCGCGGGUGCCUUAGAAGAAAUUCUUGAGGCGCCGGAACGGCUAAAAGAUCUUGAUCUUGAUGCAUUUGCCGAAGAAUUAGAAAGACAAGGAUUUGGUAAUAAAAGUAUUACUCUAUAUGAUAUUAGAGCCGAACUGAAUUGUAGGUACAAAGAUUUGAGGCAACCAUUCCAUUCUGCAAAUCCAGAAGAACUCUUCGAUAUGCUCACCAAAGAAACUCCAGAAACAUUCUACAUUGGAAAAAUGGUCACGGCUACUGUUUUUGGAAUCGCAAGGAGAAAACCCAAACCGGACCAAUUGGAUCAAGCUAAUCCUGUCCGUAAUGAUGAAACAGGUUUAUGGCAAUGUCCCUUCUGUUUGAAAAAUGAUUUUCCCGAGUUAUCUGAUGUGUGGAAUCACUUUGAUGCAGGUUCAUGUCCUGGACAAGCUACUGGUGUAAAAUUGAGGUUAGAUAAUGGUAUAUUAGGUUAUAUUUUUAUAAAAAAUAUUAGUGACAAACCAGUCGCUAAUCCAGAAGAGCGAGUCGGUGUAGGACAAUUGAUACACUGUAGGAUAACUAAAAUAGAUGUAGAACGGUUCAGUGUUGAUUGUACUUCAAAAUCCAGUGACCUUUUGGACAAAAAUCACGAAUGGAGGCCUCAAAGAGAUCCUUAUUAUGAUCAGGAGAGAGAAGACCAAGAUAACAGAGUAGAAGCUGAAAAGAAGAAGGACAAACAACGUAUGACAUAUAUUAAGAGGGUUAUAGUUCAUCCCGCUUUCCACAAUAUUUCAUAUGCUGAAGCAGAAAAGUGUAUGGUCAAUAUGGAUCAAGGCGAAGUGAUUGUUAGACCCUCUAGUAAAGGUGCUGAUCAUUUAACCAUAACUUGGAAAGUUGCCGAUGGUAUUUAUCAGCAUAUCGAUAUUAGGGAGGAAGGAAAAACUAACGCUUUCUCACUAGGCAAAUCUUUGUGGAUAGGUAAUGAGGAAUUCGAGGAUCUUGAUGAAAUAAUAGCAAGACAUGUUACUCCUAUGGCAGCUCAUGCUAGAGAUUUAUUAUAUUUCAGAUAUUAUAAAGACUUUGAAGGCGGUCAUAAAGAUAAAGCCGAGGAAUAUCUAAAAGAUGAAAAGAAGAAAAAUGCUGCCAAAAUACACUAUGUAGUUAGUGCUGCUAAGAACGUACCCGGUAAAUUCCUACUUUCAUAUCUUCCAAGAAACAAAGUUAGGCACGAAUAUAUUACUGUAACACCAGAAGGCUUCCGAUUUAGGCAACAAAUGUUCGAUUCAGUUACUUCGUUAUUUAAAUGGUUCAAAGAACACUUUAGAGAACCGCCACCUGGUGGUAUAACACCCGGUACACCGAGAGUUACAUCUAGCCGAACCCCAUAUGGUAGUGGUACUCCAGCAUUUAGUAUGAAUAAUGAAGCUAUACAACGAGUUGCUCAAAAUUUGCCGAGCCAUAUGGUCCAAGCUUUAUCUGCUGCCACAAACCAAACGCCACAUUACCCACACACACCAGGAUAUGGUGGCAAUUAUAUCAAUACACCUUACACACCGAGUGGUCAAACACCCUAUAUGACGCCCUAUCAAACUCCCCACACUCAGCAAACUCCACGUUACGGUCAUCAAACCCCCUCUCAACACUUACCUGGUACAGCUCCACCAAAUCUCAACAAUCCAUUCCUCCAUCCCGGCGCCGUUACUCCAUCUCAACGUACGCCCAAUUAUCGCAAUCAUUCGUCUCAAUCUCCAAUGCUUCCUACAAGUCCUGUACCUAGUCCAGGUUCGCAGAGUUCCUUCAGCAGUCACAUGAGUCAUAACAGGAGUGGAAGUUAUGCUGGAUCUCUACGGUUCCAACCCCCUGAAUCGCCUAGAAGUUAUUCUGGGAGUCACAGGGGAUCGUAUAUGGAUAGAGGUUAUGGUGGUAGCGGUAAUGAAAGCAUGGAUUGGCAAAAAGCGGCCGAAGCGUGGGCGGCUAGAUCUAGAUCUACUCCUCGUAGUGAAGGUAGGAACACUCCUAGAUCUCUUGGACAAAGGACUCCAAGAUACGAUGAAGAACGGUCUAGAAUGAAGAAUUUGAGUAAAAGUCCGAGAUCAAUACGUUCAACUCCUCGUACCAAUACAUCGCCACAUUCGAUGUCAUUAGGGGAUGCAACACCUCUAUACGACGAAAAUAUAUAAAAUUUUCUUUUAGAUUAUAAUAAAGUAGCGCGAAAGUGAUAUUUAUUACGUUGAAACAUUUUAUCAAUAUUUUUUUUUGUUAUUCGACUUUAUACAACAAAAUACAAGCCGAAAUAGAAUUUAAAUCAAUUGUCUUUUUCUCAUCUUCUGAUAAACAAUAUAAAUCUGAACAAGGGGAAACUGGUACUUAUAUCAUCGUUAUAAAUGUGAUAUGAGAAAAUUCAUUCAAGUUCAAUUACUUCACGAGAUUUUGUCUUUUAGAUAUUCUUUAUUCCAUUUCUAGUUCGCUGCCAAUCAGAUUGUAGUGCUCCUUUGGCUUCAAAUUUUAUUCCAAGUAUUAAAGUCUUCAAUUUCAUUGCUUUGAAAUAGCUUCCUCAUGCAAUGAUUUGGAAACAAAAUUUCACCAAAAACUCACUGAUAGAAGAAAGUAUUGGAUAUUAAAAAUAAUAAAAAUAAAGAUUCGGCAUUGAAUCAGAAAAUUAUUAAUCUUUCUAGUUGGUUUCAUUAAUAAUGCAGGGAUAUGUCUACACAUCCCACCUGCUCCUGUUUAACAAUAACAAACCAUUUUCAAUCUCAUAAUCUUCAAGAGCAAAGGAUCUAGUUAUUUGAUGACAACAUUGGUCCACAUUCAGCGCUUGUUAACGAAGAUUACUUGACUUGUUCUUUAAUAUCAAAUUUCUCGCCCAGGAAUGUUUCAAACGGAAAGUUUGUAAAUACAUACGAAAUUAUAUAUCUUCUAUUUUGAAUUGAAACGAAUUCUUCGCUAAUUAGUUUAUGUUUUAGUUUUGGGAUUGUGGUAUAUCAAACACCGAAGUGUACUAUUUUUAAUAAAUCCUGAGCUUUCGCAUUCUUAUGUAUUCAUCAUUUAGGAAUUAAAUAAUUGAGAAUUGUGGUGUCUUUAAUUUCGUUUUUUCUUUUAAAAAAAUUAUCAAAUUCAUAGGAUUCAACAAUUAAUAUUCAAAUUGACACUUGACAUAAAUAUUAAGUUUAUUGAUUUUUCAUUUUAUAUAUUUUAUAAGUUCUGAAUUUAUACUGGUAUUCGUAAAGCAACUUCUCCAAUUUUCAAGGAAAGUAAAAAAUUUUUAAGAUCAUGGAUAUCGAGUAGGUUUUACAUUACAAAUGAUAUCAGUAUUGUUAUUUCUCACUCUUCUGCUGAAAUAACAUAUAUUUGACUACAAUAUAAUUAUCAUUUGCAUUGUUAACUAUUUAUUUAUGAACUCCAUUAGUGAUUUAUGUUGUUUAUCAGUGCAUAUUGAGCAAUAUGGUGUUAAAAUAAAAAUUCUGUUAACUACCAGUGAACUUAUAAUUACAGUGUGGUUCUUAGAGUCUUCCACAAGUCGUUAGUUCUUCCGGCUCGAAGGACCAACAGUGUAAUUGUGUGUUGAUGUGGUGGUAAAUAGUAUGUUACCAACGGUCCAAUUUUGAUAUAAUUAUUGAGUCAACAAAAUUUUUAUUACCUGUAAUUUAUAUUGUUUAUAUUUACAUCGUGUUGGUAUGAAAAUAUUAUUUCUUAAAUCGAUAUAAAACUGGUUUUAUUGUAAUUUAAUGUUUUUGUAUUGGUAAUAUAUAUAUAUUUUAAGAUUCAA